UUCAACGUUGGGGCGGUUACCAGGUCGGCCCAGUGCGCAGGCGCGGGAAAGUUGAAUUUACGAAGAAAAGUUUGUAGAAAUUGAGUGGAAGCGUGGGCGCCGGCGUCGGCGCGACUAGAGCAGAAUCCCGAACCAGGUGCCUCCAUGGCCGGCUCUGAAGAGCUGGGGCUCCGAGAGGACACACUGAAGGUUCUGGCUGCUUUCCUUAGGCGCGGUGAAGCUGCUGGGUCCCCCGUCCCAACCCCACCCAGGAGCCCUGCCCAAGAGGAGCCAACAGAUUUCCUGAGCCGCCUCCGAAGAUGCCUCCCUUGUCCCCUGGGGAGGGGAGCCCCUCCUCCGGAGUCCUCUCGGCCCUGCUUCCUUCCCCUCCGGCCCUGCUAUGAUUCUGAGCCUGGCCCAGCGACUUCAGACUUCUAUGCCCUGGUCGCCCAGCGUUUGGAACAGUUGGUGCAAGAGCAACUGAGAUCUCCGCCCAGCCCAGAAUCCCAGGGACCCCCACCCACAGAAAAGGAAGCCCUGCUAAGGAGGCUGGUAGCCUUGCUGGAGGAGGAAGCAGAAGUCAUCAACCAAAAGCUAGCCUCUGAUCCUGCUCUGCACCGCAAGCUGGCUCGCCUGUCAGCAGGCUCCUUCGCCCGCCUCGUGGAACUCUUCUCCAGCCGGGAAGUCAGCUCCUCCCCAAGCUGUGCCAGCCCCUCGCUGCCGUGCCCGGCGCCCCUGCCGUGCCCGGCGCCCCCACCGCCAUCCCCGGAGCCACUGGCCCGCUUGGCUCUGGCCAUGGAGCUGAGCCGGCGCGUGGCUGGCCUGGGGGGUACCCUGGCCGGCCUCAGCGUGGAACAUGUACACAGCUUUGCGCCUUGGAUCCAGGCCCAUGGCGGCUGGCCCCAUCUGGAUAAACCCGGAGAGACCUGGAGAUGGGUCCAGUCCCAACAGGAAGGACUCUGGAUUUCACUGCCUGAUGAGGCUGGAUGCUCUCUCAAGACUGAAUGUGGACACCAGGUUAUCGAAUGCCCCACCAUUCCCUGCCAGUGGAGAUUUCUCCCAAGAUCCAGAGUAGACACUACUAAGUGGUGAAGAAAUUAAUCUGAGGGAUAUCGAAUGAAUCUAAGCACACCGGGCUCUUUAGUCUAUUCACUUCAUUCUUCUCAAUUUUGUCUACACAGCUUCUUUUCUGUUCUCACACUUAGCUCCUCUGUCCCUUCUUCCGCUGUUCUCUCAUUGUCUACUGAACCUAAGAUCUUGCAUUAAAAAUGGGUGUAGAAAUAAA